AAACCACUACAGAUUGUAUAUAGUGGACAACAAAAUCUUGCUACUCAGUGUUGGCUGUGAAAUUUUAACCAGGGAUGCAGUGCUCGUUUUAGCAAGUGGACAUCACUAAAUGCAACAGCUGCUGCUUUGUCAACAAAUCAAAUCCAUUUUUUUUGUGAUGAAUGCCGAAAUAAACAUUAAAUCAGAUGAUGAGGAAACUUUAAUCAAGAACAAGUCCGAUGGCAUAAUAAAGGCGCACACAAAGCGCUCGGUGCUGGAGUAUCUGAAGAAAAAUGGCUGCACGCACAGCAAUCUGGAGGCAACCGCACGUCGGAAAAGGGACAAACAAGCUGUGAUUGAUUUCAUAUGCCGCAGCAGCGAGGAGGCUGAGUUGCUUGUGAAUCAACAAUGCGAAUCCGACAGCCUGAACAACAUCAAUCAAUGGCUGCAAAUGUUGCAAAGGACAAAAGCCUCAACGCUCUGCGAAUACGAAGCGGCAGCCGUAAUGAAUGCCAUAGUCCGUAAUGAGACGCAGCCAAAGCCGGAACAACUUGGUGGCAUCAACCUGACAGAGGCUUAUGGCUUUCUGGAGAACGCUUUAAUUGGGCAGCCGCAAAAGAAAUUGAGCGCUGCUAGCAAAGCGUUUCUUUGCCGUGAAAUUGAGCUGCUCAUCGCUGAGGCCAACAACGAUCGGUCGGAUGAUGAAUCCCGGCAAAUGGGAGCCGAUUUGUAUGAUCGCCAGUUCAAGUAUAGUUCUGAGGGAGCGCUCUACAAUUUCAGUUUGAAUCCCUUAUUUUUAGAUAAAUAGCGUGCCUAAAAAAGUAAAUAAGAUGUACAUAUAUUCAUUUUCACACAUAUU